AUGGCAGAAGUACAACAGAUGAUGGCCCCUAGUCCGUGGCAGGCUUUCAAUAGCCAAGGGGUGCUAAGAAUACCCACGAAGAAAAAUGCUAGGACCCACCCGAAAGUGGACACAUCUCCAGGUCUUAAGCUGGGAACCUGGAAUGUAAGAAGCCUGUAUGUGGCUGGUAAGCUGGAUAAUUUAACACAAGAAAUGGAACGCUGUAAGGUAGAUAUAAUGGGCCUUAGCGAAAUCAGAUGGCCGAACAGCGGCCAAUGUACAACCGAAAAAGCAACACUAUACUACUCCGGAAACAAUCAACCUAACCGCUUUAAUGGGGUUGGAUUCAUAGUCAAUAAAAACGUGAACAACAAGGUAAAGAAUUUUGUGGCAUAUUCGGAUAGGUCAGCCCUCCUGCAGCUCAAGGCUGAUCCCGUAGAUCUUAACAUCAUACAGAUUUACGCUCCAACGACAGACAGGCCAGAAAACGAAGUAAAACAACUAUAUAAGGAAAUAAAAGAACUAAUGAAACUGGUGAAGAAGAGGGAGAUCCUGGUGGUUAUGGGUGACUUUAACGCCAAAGUCGGUCAAGGCCGCGUGACAGACGUGGUCGGGGAGUAUGGCUUAGGAGAACGCAAUGAAAGAGGUGACACGUUAGUUCAGUUUUGCCAAGAAGAAAAACUGAUCAUCGCAAACACAUGGUUUAAACUUCCCCCAAGAAGGCUAUACACCUGGCAGUCACCGCAACACACACCAGAUUAUGUCGUCAGGAACCAAAUAGACUUUCUAUUAAUCAGCCAAAGAUAUAGAAAUGGAUUAAGUGGAGUAAAAACAUAUCCAGGGACCGAUAUUGGAUCGGACCACAACCCGGUAAUAGGAACACUAAAAGUAAGACUAAAGAAAUUAAGACGGGCGCCGAGAAAGAAAGUCGACAUGAACAAAUUAAAGAAAGCUGAGAUAAGAGCGGAAGCAAAGGAGGAAAUAAAUAGGGAAAUUGCCAAAAUCAGGACCCUGCCUCAACCACCGGAUGAUGUCGGAAAAACAUGGGACCGUUUGAAGAACGCAAUAGUCACCACUACAAAUAACAUAGUUGGACCACCUACAUACAAAAGGAGGAGAUGGAUGACUGACGAGAUUUUGUCGCUGAUGGCUGAGCGCGGUCUGUGUAAGAAUAGGGAUCAAACCAAGUACAAAGAAAUUGAUAAACAAAUCAGAAGGGAAAUACGCAGAGCUAAGGAGCAGUGGAUGGAAGAUAAGUGCACUGAGAUCGAGACAAUGGAAGAAAAAGCAUGA